AUGGAUGCGGCGGCCGCGGCGCUGCCCGCUUUUGUGGCGCUCUUGCUCCUCUCCCCCUGGCCGCUCCUGGGGUCGGCCCAAGGCCAGUUCUCCGCAGGUGGCUGUACUUUUGAUGAUGGUCCUGGGGCUUGUGAUUACCACCAGGAUUUAUAUGAUGACUUUGAAUGGGUACAUGUUAGUGCUCAAGAACCUCAUUAUCUGCCACCAGAGAUGCCUCAAGGUUCCUAUAUGAUAGUGGACUCUUCAGAUCAUGACCCUGGAGAAAAAGCCAGACUUCAGCUGCCUACAAUGAAGGAGAACGACACUCACUGUAUUGACUUCAGUUACCUGUUAUAUAGCCAGAAGGGGCUGAGUCCUGGCACUUUGAACAUAUUGGUUAGGGUGAAUAAAGGACCUCUUGCCAAUCCAAUUUGGAAUGUGACUGGAUUCACGGGUAGAGACUGGCUUCGGGCUGAGCUAGCAGUGAGCACCUUUUGGCCCAAUGAAUAUCAGGUAAUAUUUGAAGCUGAAGUCUCAGGAGGGAGAAGUGGUUAUAUUGCCAUUGAUGACAUCCAAGUCCUGAGUUAUCCUUGUGAUAAAUCUCCUCAUUUCCUCCGUUUGGGGGACGUAGAGGUCAAUGCAGGGCAGAAUGCUACUUUUCAAUGUAUUGCUACAGGGAGAGACGCUGUGCAUAACAAGUUAUGGCUGCAGAGACGAAAUGGUGAAGAUAUACCUGUGGCUCAGACUAAGAACAUCAAUCACAGAAGAUUUGCUGCUUCCUUUAGAUUGCAAGAAGUGACAAAAACUGACCAGGAUUUGUAUCGCUGUGUAACUCAGUCAGAACGAGGUUCUGGUGUGUCCAAUUUUGCUCAACUUAUUGUAAGAGAACCACCGAGACCCAUUGCUCCUCCCCAGCUACUAGGUGUUGGGCCUACAUACUUGCUGAUUCAGCUAAAUGCCAACUCCAUCAUUGGCGAUGGUCCUAUUAUUCUGAAAGAAGUGGAGUACCGAAUGACAUCAGGGUCCUGGACAGAAACCCAUGCAGUCAAUGCGCCAACUUAUAAAUUAUGGCAUUUGGAUCCAGAUACCGAAUAUGAGAUCCGUGUUCUACUUACAAGACCAGGUGAAGGCGGAACGGGGCUUCCAGGACCUCCACUAAUCACCAGAACCAAAUGUGCAGAACCUAUGCGAACCCCAAAGACGUUAAAGAUUGCUGAAAUCCAGGCAAGGCGCAUAGCUGUGGACUGGGAAUCAUUGGGCUACAACAUCACCCGGUGCCACACGUUUAAUGUCACUAUCUGCUACCAUUUCUUCCGUGGUCACAAUGAGAGCAAGGCAGGCUGUUUGGACAUGGACCCCAAAGCCCCUCAGCAUGUUGUGAACCAUCUGCCGCCAUAUACAAACGUCAGCCUCAAGAUGAUCCUCACCAAUCCAGAAGGCAGGAAGGAGAGUGAAGAGACGAUUAUUCAAACUGAUGAAGAUGUGCCUGGCCCUGUACCGGUCAAUUCUCUUCAAGGAACAUCUUUUGAAAAUAAGAUUUUCUUGAACUGGAAAGAACCUUUGGAUCCAAAUGGAAUCAUCACUCAAUAUGAGGUCAGUUACAGCAGCAUAAGAUCCUUUGAUCCUGCAGUUCCUGUGGCUGGACCGCCCCAGACCGUAUCAAACUUAUGGAACAGUACCCACCAUGUCUUCAUGCAUCUCCAUCCAGGAACCACCUACCAGUUUCUCAUAAGAGCCAGCACUGUCAAAGGUUUCGGGCCAGCCACAGCCAUCAAUGUGACCACCAAUAUCUCAGCUCCAACUUUACCUGACUACGAAGGAGUUGAUGCCUCUCUCAAUGAAACUGCCACCACGAUAACAGUCUUGUUGAGGCCAGCACAGGCGAAAGGCGCUCCUAUCAGUGCCUAUCAGAUUGUUGUGGAGGAGCUGCACCCCCACCGGACCAAGAGAGAGACUGGAGCCAUGGAAUGCUACCAGGUUCCUGUCACCUACCAGAAUGCCAUGAGUGGGGGUGCGCCAUACUACUUUGCCGCCGAACUGCCCCCAGGGAACCUUCCGGAACCUGCCCCAUUCACAGUGGGCGAUAACAGAACCUAUCAGGGCUUUUGGAACCCCCCUUUGGCUCCACGCAAAGGAUACAACAUCUAUUUCCAAGCCAUGAGUAGUGUGGAGAAGGAAACUAAAACCCAGUGUGUACGAAUUGCUACCAAAGCAGCAGCAACAGAAGAGCCAGAAGUGAUUCCAGACCCAGCCAAGCAGACUGACAGAGUGGUGAAAAUCGCAGGCAUUAGUGCUGGGAUUCUGGUGUUCAUCCUCCUCCUCCUCGUAGUCAUAUUAAUUGUGAAAAAGAGGAGGAGCUACUAUUCUUACUCCUACUACCUCAAGCUUGCUAAGAAACGCAAAGAUGCGAUGGGGAACGCCCGGCAGGAAAUGACUCACAUGGUCAAUGCUAUGGACCGAAGUUAUGCUGAUCAGAGCACUCUGCAUGCAGAAGACCCGCUCUCCAUCACCUUCAUGGACCAACAUAAUUUUAGUCCAAGAUUGCCCAGUGAUCCGCUCGUGCCGACCGCCGUGUUAGAUGAGAACCACAGUGCUACAGCAGAAUCCAGUCGUCUUCUUGAUGUACCUCGCUACCUGUGUGAGGGGACAGAAUCCCCUUACCAGACGGGACAGCUGCACCCAGCCAUCAGGGUAGCCGACUUACUGCAGCACAUUAAUCUCAUGAAGACAUCAGACAGCUAUGGGUUCAAAGAGGAAUAUGAGAGCUUCUUUGAAGGACAGUCAGCGUCUUGGGAUGUAGCUAAAAAAGAUCAAAAUAGAGCAAAAAACAGAUAUGGAAACAUUAUAGCAUAUGAUCACUCCAGAGUAAUUCUGCAACCUGUUGAGGACGAUCCAUCUUCAGAUUACAUUAAUGCCAACUACAUAGAUAUUUGGCUGUACAGGGAUGGCUACCAGAGACCAAGUCACUACAUUGCAACUCAAGGCCCAGUUCAUGAAACAGUGUAUGAUUUCUGGAGAAUGAUCUGGCAAGAGCAGUCUGCAUGCAUUGUGAUGGUCACAAAUUUAGUUGAAGUUGGCCGGGUUAAAUGCUAUAAGUAUUGGCCUGAUGAUACCGAAGUUUAUGGUGACUUCAAAGUAACUUGUAUAGAAAUGGAACCACUUGCCGAAUAUGUAGUUAGGACAUUCACCCUGGAAAGGAGAGGAUACAAUGAGAUCCGUGAAGUUAAACAGUUCCAUUUCACUGGCUGGCCUGACCAUGGAGUACCCUACCAUGCUACCGGCCUUCUUUCCUUCAUCCGGCGGGUCAAAUUCUCCAACCCUCCUAGCGCUGGUCCCAUCGUUGUGCAUUGCAGUGCUGGUGCUGGGCGAACUGGUUGUUACAUUGUGAUUGACAUCAUGCUGGACAUGGCUGAAAGAGAGGGUGUUGUUGACAUCUACAACUGUGUCAAAGCCUUAAGAUCUCGUCGUAUCAAUAUGGUCCAGACAGAGGAACAGUACAUUUUUAUUCAUGAUGCCAUUUUAGAGGCCUGCUUAUGUGGAGAAACUGCCAUACCUGUCUGUGAAUUUAAAGCUGCAUAUUUUGAUAUGAUUAGAAUAGACUCCCAGACAAACUCUUCACAUCUCAAAGAUGAAUUCCAGACCUUGAAUUCAGUCACCCCUCGACUACAAGCUGAGGACUGCAGUAUAGCAUGCCUGCCAAGGAACCAUGACAAGAACCGUUUUAUGGACAUGCUGCCACCUGACAGAUGUCUGCCUUUUUUAAUUACAAUUGAUGGGGAGAGUAGUAACUACAUCAAUGCUGCUCUUAUGGAUAGCUACAGGCAACCAGCUGCUUUCAUUGUCACACAAUACCCUCUGCCAAACACUGUGAAAGAUUUCUGGAGACUAGUGUAUGAUUACGGCUGUACCUCCAUUGUGAUGCUAAAUGAAGUCGACUUGUCCCAGGGCUGCCCUCAGUACUGGCCAGAAGAAGGGACGCUACGAUAUGGUCCUAUCCAAGUGGAAUGUAUGUCUUGUUCAAUGGAUUGUGAUGUAAUAAACCGGAUUUUUAGGAUAUGCAAUCUAACAAGACCACAAGAAGGUUAUCUGAUGGUGCAACAGUUUCAAUAUCUAGGCUGGGCUUCUCACCGAGAAGUGCCUGGCUCCAAACGGUCAUUUUUGAAGCUGAUACUGCAGGUGGAAAAAUGGCAGGAGGAAUGCGAGGAAGGGGAGGGCCGGACGAUCAUCCACUGCCUAAAUGGUGGCGGGCGAAGUGGCAUGUUCUGUGCUAUAGGCAUUGUUGUUGAAAUGGUGAAACGGCAAAAUGUUGUUGAUGUGUUCCAUGCGGUCAAGACACUAAGGAACAGCAAGCCAAACAUGGUGGAAGCCCCGGAGCAGUACCGUUUCUGCUACGAUGUGGCUUUGGAAUAUCUAGAGUCAUCUUAG